ACAGUCUAAGAAAAUGAAAGGUGCUUGUUUCCUUCUGGCUUUCAAUCUCUUUGUUUUGGCUUCCUCGUUUGCCUUUGCUUAUGACCCUAGUCCCCUCCAGGACUUUUGUGUGGCCAUCAAAGAUGCCAACAAUGGAGUGUUUGUGAAUGGGAAGUUGUGCAAGGACCCAAAGUUCGCAACUGCGAACGACUUCUUCUUUUCGGGGCUAAACCUCCCGAAGAACACGUCGAAUUCAGUUGGAUCAGUGGUUACUCCAGUAAAUGUUGAUCAAAUACCAGGACUAAACACACUCGGGAUAUCUUUAGCUCGUAUUGAUUAUGCACCGAAUGGUGGGCUGAACCCGCCUCACACUCACCCUCGAGCCACCGAGAUCCUUGUGGUCCUAGAAGGCGAGCUCAAUGUCGGAUUCGUUACAUCGAGUCCGAAUAAUCGUCUUAUUGCUAAAACACUUCAUCCAGGCGAUGUUUUUGUCUUUCCCAUUGGCCUGAUUCGCUUUCAGCAGAAUGUUGGGAAGACCAAUGCGGUUGCUGUUGCUGGUUUGAGCAGCCAAAACCCAGGUGUGAUUACAAUAGCAAACGCUGUUUUCGGAUCAAAUCCGCCCAUUAAAGCUGAUGUUCUUAGCAGGGCAUUUCAGCUGAGUAACGAAAUUGUGAAAUACCUACAGUCAAGGUUUUGAUAUCAGAUUUUACAUGCUGCGGAACUAUUUUGCAACAAACAUGAAAUGGCUUUUCUUCAUUGCAAUAUAAUAAAUUAUUUAUCCCUGC